AUGGCAACAACAAAUGAACAAUCAUCAUUUUUUGAUAUACAAAUUGAAUCUCCAUCAAGUUCAUGUUCAUCAUCACCACCAACAUCAUUAAAACCAGUUCAUAAUCAACAUGAAAUUGAUUCAGGUUGUGGUAGUGAUGAAGAUCCAGCAUUAGCUUUAAAAAUUAAUAAAGGUCUUUCAAUGGGUUAUGAUUAUGAAUUAAUUAAAAGUGUUAUACAACAACAAAAUGAUGGUGAUGAUAUGUCGAAAUUUAUAGAAACAAUUGUACGUACAGCUGAAGUUAAUGGUAAUUCAAACAUAACAUCAACUAGUAAUCAUAGUCCAUCAAGUAAAAGUUCGUCACCAACAACAUUCAAUCAAAAAAUUGAUAUGGAUUCAUCAUCAACACAUUCAAAUUCUUCUGAAACACCAAUUGUACCACAUGAUGUUUAUAUUAUUGAUGGUGCUGAUCUUGCGUAUAGUUAUGGGAAUAAUACAUUUUCAUGGCGUGGGAUUGAAAUUUGUAUAAAAUAUUUACAUUCACAUGGUCAUAAGAAAGUUUAUGUUGCAUUACCAUAUUCAUUAAAACAUCAUAGACAUGAUCAAAAUUUUUCGGAAUCGAAAUCUUUACGUGAUCUUGAACGUAAAAAUUUACUUGUUUAUACAAAUCGUAUGUCUAAACAAACAAAUAAACCAGGUUCAUAUACACAUAUAAGUGAAAUGUUAAAAUUUUCACAAAAAUCUAAAGGACAUUUAAUAACAAAUGUUUCAUUAAAAGAUGUUAUACUUGAUUUUACUAUUUAUAAGCAUAUACUUGAAGAAAGAGUUAUACGAUAUCGUUUUCAAAAUGAUAAUUUUCAACCAUUAUUAGUAACAAUUGUUAGCGGUGAUGAUGGAAAUGAUUGUGAAACACAUUAUCCAUUAUGUCCUUACGGUAAAAAAUGUACAUAUGGUUCAAAAUGCAAAUAUUUUCAUAUUGAACGUCGUUAUCAAAAUCCAUUAUCAAUAACUGAAAGUCUUCAAAUGAAAGCACGAUUAGAAAAAUCGAAAUUACAACAUCAAUUAUCAAAUCCAUCAAUGAUGCCAGUUCUAGUUAAUAAUACAUUUAAUCAUACAAAAUCAGGUCCAGAUCAUUUACGUAUGUAUAAUGAACGACAAUCACCAGUAUCAUUUUAUCCUGUUAUGGAACAAAGUCUUGUUGAUGAUGCACGUACUGCAUAUGAAUAUGGUUUACCGUCGACACCAACCACACCAAAUGAUUUUUCAUUUGUUGAUCAACGUGUUCCAAUUCAACAACAAACAAGACAAACACAUCGUAGCUGGUUUGGUACACCAAAUCAACAACAUUCAUUUCUUAAUAGAACAUUCUCAAUGCCACAACAACAACAAUCAAAUGUAUUUUCGAAUAAUGAUUCUCAACGUAUGAUGGAAGAACAACAACAAAUGGCAGCUGCAAUGCUUAUGCAUCAGCAGCAGCAAAAUUGGGCUAGACAGCAACAACAACAGAUGUUUCCUAUGCAACAACAACAACAACCACAACAAUUCGAACAGGUAAAUGUUCUUCGUCUUUUGUCAAUGCUUACAUUACAACAACAGAAUAAUAUGAUGAAUAAUCCUAAUAAUCAACAUAUAUCAUCUGUUAAUAAUGCAAUGAUGCCACCUAUGACAAAUCAAUCAGCACAACAGCAACAACAACAACAGCAACAAGAAAAUCAAUUUGAUUGUUGUUCAGUAAAUAGUCAACAAGGUUUAGCUGAUAAAAUUCAGGCUGUACGUCAUCUUUGGGAAUCAGAAAAUCAACAUGCAAAUUCAUCUGCAUAUGUUCAUCAAAUGCCAAAUUAUAAUCAACAACAAACAUCAUCUGGUAUUGAUCCAACUUUAUAUAAUCAUAUGAAUACAACAUUUCAACAAACAGCAACACAAGGUUUCGUUCAAUUUCAAUAA